AUGCGGAGGAGCUGCCGCCCGGCCCGCCCGGCCCCUGCCGCGGCCGCCGCCUCCGUGCUGGCCGCUAUGGGCCCCACUGACCUCCCAGCCUUGACUCUGCCCACCUCUCGGACCACAGAUGAGUUGGACAUCAUUGAUGAAUACAUUAAGGAGAAUGGCUUCCCUCUGGAGCGGGCCUCGUCUGGGGAGGGAGGCCUCCGGCUGGUCCCUCGGGGCCCCGCCUCCUUGAGCACUGUGACCCUGGGGUGCCCACCCCCCCCACCCCCGCUCCCACCAGCCUGGCCCGGCCCCCGGCCCCACCUGGUCAUCACGGAACAGCCCAAGCAGCGGGGGAUGCGCUUCCGCUAUGAGUGCGAGGGCCGCUCCGCCGGCAGCAUCCUUGGAGAAAGUAGCACAGAGGCUAGCAAGACCCUGCCGGCCAUCGAGCUCCGGGACUGCGGGGGCAUCCGAGAGGUGGAGGUCACAGCCUGCUUGGUGUGGAAGGAUUGGCCCCACCGCGUUCACCCCCACGGCCUCGUGGGCAAGGACUGUGCUGACGGCGUCUGCCGAGUGCGGCUGCGGCCUCACGUCAGCCCGAGACACAGCUUCAACAAUUUAGGGAUUCAGUGUGUCCGCAAGCGGGAGAUUGAAGCUGCCAUUGAAAGGAAGAUUCAGCUCGGAAUUGACCCGUACAAUGCUGGUUCCCUUAAGAACCAUCAGGAAGUGGACAUGAACGUUGUGAGGAUCUGCUUCCUGGCCUCCUACCGGGAUGCCCAGGGCCAGCUCAGGAGGCUGGAGCCAGUGCUCUCCGACCCUGUUUAUGACAAGAAGUCAACAAACACAUCAGAGCUGAGAAUCUGCCGUAUCAAUAAGGAGAGUGGACCCUGCACGGGAGGAGAGGAACUGUAUCUGCUGUGUGACAAGGUGCAGAAAGAGGACAUCUCUGUGGUGUUCAGCACGUCCUCCUGGGAAGGCCGGGCCGACUUCUCCCAGGCUGAUGUACACAGGCAGAUCGCCAUAGUGUUCAAGACUCCGCCCUACGAGGACUUGUCCAUCCCUGAGCCAGUCACCGUCAAUGUGUACUUACAGCGCCUCACGGACGGCGUGUGCAGUGAGCCCCUACCCUUCACGUAUCUGCCCCUUGACCACGACAGCUAUGGUGUGGACAAGAAGAGAAAGCGAGGGAUGCCGGAUGUCCUGGGAGAGCUGAGCAGUUCAGACCCCCAUGGCAUCGAGAGCAAACGUCGGAAAAAGAAGCUGGGCUAUUUGGACCAUUUCAGCCCCACGUCUAGUGCCCCUCUCCCUUUCCUCCCACCAGCCUCUCUGAUGCCUGAGCCGGAUUUCUUGCCACCCGUGACCCUGCCUGGCCUGGAGCCCCCCGGUGGACCUGAUUCCCUGGAUGACUAUGGCUUUCCCUACGAGCAGUCUUCACCUCUCUUCACCAUGUUGGACCUGUUCUCUGGGCCUGGGGUGGGGGGCAGUGCGGAUGGGGGUGCCCCCCCAGAACCCCACAGCCCAGAGCUGCUAACCCUGGACUCGUACCCUGCCUCAGGCUACGAGGGCACCGCAAGCCUGGUGGGCAGCAAUAUGUUUCCCAACCAGUACCGGGAGGGGGCUUUUGGGGUGGGCGGCCUCCUCCCCCCAGGCCCAGAGGCCACAUAGCACUCAAGGAGGAGCUCCCAGCUCUCCCCGGGGAGCGAUGGCUCCUCCUCUUCUCCCAGACUCUGCAGAUGGUGGGGCUCAUAUGCCCCACGGUCACUUGGUGGAGACCUCAGGGGAGUCCAAAGCUCUGGAUAUGAGGCUGCCCCAGAACGGAUGUUGCCCCAGCAACAGCCCUAGACAGCUCCUACAUGCACCGAACUGGGCUUCCUCACCCCUUCUAAGUCCCUCUGUGGUGGAGAAGCUGCACAGCAGGCAUGUCAUCUCCAGAAGGUUCAACCGGGGAUCUGAUUGGGUGGGGCUCUUUGCUAGCACAGGCUACCAAGCCCUUUCCCCUUGGCCUAGAGAAAUAGCCCAUCCUGCCCUUAGCCCAAGACAACGAGCCACCCUGCCCCACCUUAGCCUUGUCAUCUGUAAAAUGCAGGGAGCUUUUCUCCCCAAUCCAGGAUUAUCACCCCUCUCAGGACUGGCAUUUGAGCCUUCUCCUAUUCCCCUGUCAAGUCAACUCAACAUUUUUUUCAGUGCCUACUCUGUGUAAGGCACUGUGUGGUCUGCUGAGAAAAUCUACCCCACACGUAGGCUACCCAGCCUGAUGGACAGCACACGGCCUUUGCCCGUUGGCCCAGGCCCAUUGAUUUUGUCUGAGGAAAUGUCUGUCUGUGCCUAGCCCCUUUCCUGGGCCCUUUCUGAGGGGUAUUGCCCUGUCUCCAACCCACUGGCAUGGGUGGACAAAGAGCCCUGGUACCUCUUCCCCCACUCCCUGCUCACCUAGGGAGAGGUGCAGGAGGGUUGGAGAGAGGGAGCAGAGCUGGGCCUGGACUUUAAGAGUGGGGUCGGAACCCCUUGCCUCCCUUUCCCUUCCCAAUAAAGAUGUGUGAAUUUGUCUCUGG